UUAUGAAUGUGGACGACGCAAGAUACCUUAAAAAGAAAGUAAAGUCGUGUGGCGUGGAUGUACACCCUACGGAGAAGGCGCUGGUGGUGCAAUAUGAAGUGGAGGCGACCAUUCUGGGGGAGCUAGGAGACCCCAUGCUCGGAGAGAGGAAGAACUGUACCAAGACCAUCCGGGUGAAGAAUCUGACGGAGAGUACUGACGUUAAGACGUUGAGUGAGGAGAUAGUGAACAUGUGCAAACUCAUUCCUCAGAACAAACAGCCAGAAGUGGAACAGCUUCUCUUCUACCUCCAGAACAGGAAGGACAACCCAGCUGCGGUUGCGAAGAACGUGAACAAGUUGGAGGCGCCUUCGCUGGAGGGCACUGAGGUUAAUGAAGUGGCAAACCUGAACGAUCUGGACGACUACUGUGACCUGAUGUACGAGGACAUACCAGAGAAGGUGAGGGGCACUGCGCUCAUUCUUCAACUAGCCAGGAACCCAGACAACCUCGAGGAAAUACUGCAGAAUGAGACAGUGAUUACUGCGGUGGCGCGUGUGCUGCGUGAAGACUGGAAGAAGGACAUGGAUCUGGCCAUCAACAUCAUCUACAUCUUCUUCUGCUUCUCUUCCUUUUCUAACUUCCACGGACUCAUUCAUCACUUCAAGAUAGGCGCACUAUGUGUAGAGAUAGUGGAAACAGAAAUAGAGAAGUUUGAGCAGUGGCAGCAGGACUUCCUGAAGAAGAAGAACAGCAGCAGUGUCAAACAGAAGGACCUCGAUAAACUCACUGCCAAGUUCGACGCGCUCAAGAAGAAGCAGGAACAACUGCUCAGAGUGACGCUGUACCUGCUGUUGAACAUCAGUGAGGAGGAGAAAGUGGAAGUGAAGAUGAGGAACAAGGGCAUGGUGUCUCUGUUGACCACUCUGCUGGAGAGGAGACACAACCCAGACCUCCUCAUGCUAGUAGUCUCAUUCCUUAAGAAACUCUCCGUCUACAAAGAGAACAAGGAUCAAAUGAAACAGCUGAACAUAGUGGAAAAGCUUUCGAAGCUGGUGACGGAGUCUAAUCAUGAAGAUCUUCUGAACUUGACUCUUCGCCUGCUGCUCAACCUGUCAUUUGACACUGACUUGAGACAGUCUGUGGCGAAGGGGGGCAUGUUGCCCUCAUUGGUCAAACUGAUUGGCCACGAGUACCACCACUCAACUGUUCUGCUGCUCCUGUACCAAAUCAGUAUUGAAGACCGAUUCAAGGCACUCUUCACUUACACUGACUGCAUACCAAUUGUGAUGCGACUGUUGUUGGAAAACCCACAAGAGAAAGCAGACUUGGAGCUCAUCUCACUCUGCAUAAAUUUGGCGUGCAAUGUACGAAAUGCGAAGCUCAUCUGCGACAACAAAGGGUUGAAGUUGCUGAUGAAGAGAGCCUUCAAGUUCAAGGACAGCUUCAUUCUCAAGAUGAUCAGAAAUAUCUCGGAACAUUCUUCCUUGAAACCUUUGUUUGUGGACUACGUGGGUGACCUGGCGAAGGCGAUCAAGAACAACAACCACGAAGACGACUUCGUCAUAGAGUGUUUGGGCAUCUUGGGCAACCUCAGUGGCCUCGAGAUCGACUGGGCCCUGGUGAUUCAGAAGUGUGACCUCAUGCCCUUCAUUGACUCAAAAAUCACUUCGUCAGGAGGUGCUGAGGACGACAUGUUGCUGGAGAUAGUGAUUCUAAUUGGCACUAUGGCCACUGACGAGGAUUGUGCUAAGCUGAUGGCAGAUCUAGGCAUCAUUCACAAACUCAUCGAACUACUCAACCUGAAGCAGGAAGAUGACGAGAUAGUGUGUCAGACGAUCUAUGUGUUCUACCAGCUGACCUUCCACCAGACCACACGGGAACUGGUGCUGCAGAGGACUCAGGCACCCGCUUACAUAAUCGACCUCAUGCACGACAAGAACGCCGAGAUCAGGAAGGUGUGCGACAUGACACUCGACAUCAUAUCGGAGCUGGACAAAGAGUGGGGCGAAAAAAUCCAGCGAGUCAAAUUCGACUGGCAUAACUCACAGUGGCUGGAGCUGAUCGAGAGUGCGGACGGACAAGAUCCACUAGAGCAGAAUGGAGGCGUGGGAGGGGCGCUCUCGCAUGACAUCAGUGGGGACUCAGAGUUCGGACAUCUGCUACAGAAUUCGGACAUUCUGGAAAACUCAGACCUUUACUACCAAGGGACAGACUAUGUGAGUGAACAAGGGCCGAACUACAUAGAGGAGAUUGCAAGAUACAACGCUAUGGGGUCAGGCUAUAUGGACAGAGAAGAUAUGAUGGACAAUGGACGAGGCUCGCCCGACGAAAUAGCAGACAUGUAUGGAGACCUGCGCACAAGCAGCAGCCAAUUCGCGCUUCAGUCACAGCACAAAUUAAGCCAGAUGGACAGUCAGAAUGAGCUCUAUGGAAGAGAUGACAACCUGAUGUAUCACCAACACCAACUGAACCCAGCCGGGCCAGGGGGCAUGCCCCAGUUCGAUGACAGUGAGGAUGAUGAGGACGAUUUCAACCCGGACUCCCCGUCUUUGAGGUUUCACCAGGCCACGCACGCAACAGCAUCCAUGAUUGCAAAGAGACAGGAUAGAUAUUGAUGAAUUGCUGGAAAUUUUCAUGCUAUAAUUUAAUAAAAACAAGACAUGCUGUAGUUUAAUAAAAACAAGAGAGUAUUAAUUGCAAUGCAUUUAAAAUAAUAUAUUAGUUUUUUCUUGUGACUUAUAACUAUUUUUUUUUCUUUAUCGAAAAUUCACCAGUUCGUAAAAGAUGUCAUGACCUCUUGUAAUUGGUACGAAAAAGUUACAAAAUAUCAC